CUGCCUAUUACUAUACAACUCUACAAGCCCCCGCUCCAACAAGAACACCAGCUCCUGCCAAAUCAACAACUGGUCCAAAAUCAACCUCCGCUGUCAGCACCAUAAACCAGUGCGGUGGCAACCUCACACUUCCAUAUGGAGACAUCUCUGGACCAUAUUAUCUUGGAAACAAUGUCAGCAUACAAUGUAUCUGGAAAAUUCAAGGGAAUGCUUUAAGCCACAUAGUUCUGCAUUUUACUUCUAUUAGCCUGGACUGCGAAAAAGAAUAUAUCAAGAUCUUUGAUGGAAAUGUUUACUCUUCAAACCUGCUUGGAAGAACUUGUUCUAAUAUCUAUCUCAACUAUAGCUAUACAUCAAGUUCCAACAUAAUGACUAUUCUGCUAAACAGAGAUUCAAAUGACGUGGGAAAUGGAUUUCAUGCUUAUUAUUAUUCUAUUCGACAAGAACCAGCUAGUACACCAGCUACUGCUCAACCAACAACUGCUAUUUCCACAACUUCAUCAUCUGUUCCUUCCAGAGCACUCUCAUGUUCUGGAGAAUAUAUGCAUGCACGGAUCAGCAGAGCCUAUCUCCGGUCAUUAGGUUAUGGUGCAUGGGAUGUGUACCUGAAUUCUUCAGGCCCUUUCUGUAUGCCUCACAUCACAUGGCAGUAUGUUGUGUUUGAUAUACCAUUCAGUGGUUGUGGCACAGUAAGGCAGAAGAAGAAUGACUCUAUAAUCUAUUCAAACAUAAUUAUGACAUCAGCCUCUGGUUAUAUCAUUACAAGAAAAAGGAAUUUUCAGUUUCACAUUGUGUGUGAAAUGAACGAGAACUCUGUUGUACAGACAAUGUUUGUUGCCCAAAAUUCUGUUGACAUUACUGAAAGACAGCAUGGCCAUUACAAUGUGACUAUUUCAUUCUAUGAAUCACCAUCUUUCCACUAUCAAGUAUAUGGCUCCCCAUACUAUGUUUCACUCAAUCAGAACUUAUAUCUCCAAGCUACUCUCCACACUUCUGAUCCAAACCUAGUACUGUUCCUUGACACUUGUGUAGCAUCUCCAUAUCCUGAUGACUUCACAAACUUGACCUAUAAUUUAAUCAGGAAUGGAUGUGUGCGAGACAAAACCUACAGAAACCUGUAUUCACCAAAGAACAAUGCAGUUCGCUUCAGGUUCAACGCCUUCAAAUUUCUUAACGAACAUAACAGCGUUUAUUUGCAAUGCAAACUAGUAGUGUGUAGGGCUGCUGAUUACACAUCCCGAUGCUACCAGGGAUGCUUAACUAGAAAAAAAAGGGAAGCAGGUGAACUUCAGGAGAAGGUAGAUGUUGUACUGGGACCAUUCAAGCUUCAGGGUGAAGCCAAUGGAGACAGAAAACAGGAACUGGUCAAGAGUGUGAGUCCAGAAAAAGAUCAAGUUCUCAGCCCACUUGCAGUUUCUACUGUACUACUUGCAGCCAUGGUCUUAGUUCUCUCUGGCUUUCUUCUAAGCAGUAAACUUAGAAGAAAAAAUGGUCACCAAGCCAACUGAGUCCAACAAAUCAUUGCUACAAACAGGCUAUAGAGUUUCAUUAAGUAUUUUCUGCACAAAAUCCAAAUAUAUUUCUAAAAGUCCUUGGUUUCUUUUAGGAUUUUUUUUUAGAAUGCACCAUAUUAAUAAAUUCAGAAAAUAUAACCUAGAUAGGUUUUAGCACAAUUCAGAAACCCAUUAAGUCAAAGUAAUGGGCUUAAACAAGAUUUAUUUUGAUCAAAAUUUAUUCUGGUCACAUCCAGUUACUUUAAAUGGUUGUAGAAUGGCUGUCAUUUGCUUAUUAUGAUAGCUAUUCUACAUGCAAAUAUUUUACAUGAAAAUACUUACACCUAUAUGCUGCAGAAUGGAGGUGCAUGUUGACAGUAUUUCGUGAAGAAGCUGUUACAGUGUGAAUGAAUGUGUUUAAUCAAGAAGGUGAACUGUCAAAGUUUAUUGAUAUCUGUGAUGAGAAGGACAGAGGGGCACUUUAUAAUAUAUAGCCAAACAUGUUUCAAGUUUGUUGAGAUUCAGGGUUAUAUGUUUUGUCCACUUCAUUGGUAGGAUGAGAUACCUGUUACACAUGUA